AUGGCACUGUAUGAAACCUCUGACGCUUUGAUGUGCAGGGCGUUUCCCGCGACCCUGAGGGGGCCAGCUUGCACAUGGUACAGCAGUCUGAAGACCGGGGUGAUCGCCUCCUUUGAUCAGCUCGUCAAAUACUUCAAGCUUAACUUCUUAGCCUACGCCCGACCAAAACCAACCGUCGCACUGCUCCUCGAACUCAACCAAAGGGAGGACGAGCCCCUCUCGCAUUUUGUGAAUCGCUUUACAACACAAAUCCGGGGGUUGCUGGACGCUCAUCCCUCUUUGUUAGUGCAAGCGUUUAUGACAGGCCUGCGACCUUCCAGAUUCUGCUGGUCCCUCGUGGAGCGACCCCCCACCACAGUACCAGAUAUGCUCCAGCGGGCUAACCAGUACAUCGCGGCGGAGGCCUGGGUGGCCGUGAGGAGAAGGGAUGACUUUCGGUAG